CUCUUCUUUUCUCUUUUUCUGAUUACUUUUUUAUUAGAAUUUUAUUUUUUAUUAAAAAAAAAAAAUGGGAUUAUUUUCAUCAAAUAAAUCCAAAUCAUCAUCAUCUACUUAUUCAUCAGCACCUCCACCUUAUACACCUAAUCCUAAUAUGCAACAACAGCAAUAUGCGCCUCCAUCUCCGCCUGGACAAGGAAAUCCUGAUACUAGAAACUUACCAAGUGGUUGGAUUACACAAUUCGAUCCUUCUUCCAAUCGAUGGUUUUAUGUCUAUACUCCUACUGCCACUCGACAGUGGGAACAUCCUUUGGAUCGUCCAUUAAAUAGCUCGGAUUCUUACAGAUCAUCACAACAGCAACAACCUUAUUAUGCUCAACCACAACAGCCUUAUUAUCCUCAACAACAACCUUAUUAUGUUCAGCCACAACAACAACAACAAGGUCGAUUUGGUGGUCUUUUUGGAGGUAGUGGUAACUCUGGUCGAAUGGGUGGUAUGGGAAGGUAAGAAGAAGAAGAAAAAGAAAAAAAAAUUCCUUUCUAAUAGAUAUUAUGAUUAUGAUGGACUCAUUUGCUAUAUCUUUCUUCUUUAGUACGAUGUUGAUGGGUGCUGGUGCUGGCUUACUUGGUUAUGCAGUGGGGGACGCCUUAUUCGAUCAUAACGACACAACUGUAGUGAAUAAUUAUUAUGGCGAUGAUUACGGCGGUGGUGGAUUCGAUGAUGGCGGUGGCUUCGAUUUUUAGUAUUCUCUCUCUCUUUUUAUACAUAAGCAUAUUUAGUUUAGUUGAAUUUUGUUUUAUUUUCCCUGUAAUAUUAUUCAUAAUUCAUAUCAGUUCAUUUCUCAUUCUAUACAUACACUUUUAUCAAUAAAAAAUUUUUUUGUAUAUUCC